AUGUAGUGUGAAUUUUAUGUUGUUAUUUGGAUGCUCUAUCCACCCCUACUCCCCCCCCCUUGAAGCGGCAGCUCUCUGUAAAAGUAGACCUGCCAAGCCAUAAAUUAGAAGACUACUAAAAAUACCCAGACCAAGACUGACUGAUGCGUGUGUAUGUGUAUGUUGGUGAAAAUUACACGUCUUGCCAAGUUUAGCGCCUCGGAGCUUUUUUCUCUUGCUAAAGAGAUUGCCGAUGUUCUGGGGAAGCAGUAGGAUGAACAAGAGGAAUAAAGCUGAAUGUGUGCAUGGGAGUGAGAGAGUUUGAAGACCUUUUUCAAAUUGGAGACUACAAGGUCCCAGGUUACCAAUUGCUGCCCCCAUGAAGUGGAGAUUGAACUGAUAGUGGAAUUGAAGUUUCAGUUCAGGAUUUUGGGGUGAAUUUGUGUGAGAAAAAAGGGAAGAAAACACUGCAAUUACAAAAGGAGAGGAGAAUAUCAAUUUAUCUUGCUUAUUCUUUGCUCUCUAUUUUUUGUCAUGAAGAGAAAACAGAAAAGAUUUCUGCAAAUGACACUGCUAUUCCUGGUGACUCUAAUAUUCCUGCCAAAUAUUGGACUCUGGUCUCUGUAUAGGGAAAAACAUUUUAUGAAAUCUACAGUGCUGGGAGAACAGCAGACUUUGCCAGUGAGGUUUGGAGAUGGACAAUUGUAUACCUGGACAGAUGGUUUGAAAAGAAAGGACUGGCAUGACUAUGAACGUAUUCAAAAAGAUGCCGUACGUUUAGGGAAAGGUGAACAAGGAAAGCCAUAUCCUGUCACAGAGGAAGACAGUGAUGAUUCUGCUUAUCGGGAAAAUGGUUUCAAUAUUUUUGUAAGCAACAAUAUAGCCUUGGAACGAUCACUGCCAGAUAUCCGACAUCCUAACUGUAAAGACAAGGUAUACUUGGAGAAGCUUCCAAACACUAGUAUAAUUAUACCAUUUCAUAAUGAAGGUUGGACUUCACUUUUGCGGACUAUACACAGCAUUAUCAACAGGACACCAAAUAGCUUGAUAGCAGAAAUUAUUCUUGUGGAUGACUUCAGUGAUAGAGAACAUUUAAAAGAGAAACUGGAGGAAUAUAUGGCUCAUACUGACAAAGUGAGAAUUGUGCGUACCAAGAAGCGGGAAGGACUUAUUCGCACCAGAUUACUUGGAGCUUCAAUAGCUAAAGGAGAAGUAUUGACUUUUCUAGAUUCACACUGUGAAGUUAAUGUGAACUGGCUACCUCCUUUACUAAAUCAGAUUGCACUGAACCAUAAAACUAUUGUAUGUCCCAUGAUUGAUGUCAUUGACCACAAUCACUUUGGGUAUGAGGCCCAAGCAGGGGAUGCCAUGCGUGGAGCCUUUGACUGGGAAAUGUAUUACAAAAGAAUACCAAUUCCACCGGAGCUCCAAAGGACUGAUCCCAGUGACCCUUUUGAAUCUCCUGUUAUGGCUGGAGGCCUCUUUGCUAUUAACAGAAAGUGGUUUUGGGUUCUUGGUGGCUAUGAUCCUGGAUUAGAAAUCUGGGGAGGAGAACAGUAUGAAAUAUCAUUCAAGGUCUGGAUGUGUGGAGGUGGCAUGUUUGACGUUCCAUGUUCUAGAGUUGGGCACAUCUAUAGGAAAUAUGUUCCCUAUAAAGUUCCAUCUGGUACCAGUUUAGCAAGGAACCUGAAACGUGUGGCAGAAACUUGGAUGGAUGAGUUUGCUGAAUAUGUUUAUCAGAGGCGACCUGAAUACAGACAUCUUUCCACUGGUGAUAUUUCAGCCCAGAAAGAGCUUCGCAAGCAUCUCAAGUGCAAGGAUUUCAAGUGGUUCAUGGCUGCAGUGGCCUGGGAUGUCCCCAAAUAUUUUCCACCAGUGGAGCCACCACCUGCUUCCUGGGGAGAGAUUCGAAAUGUGGCAGCUAAUCUCUGUAUGGACAGUAAGCAUGGUGGAACAGGCACUGAACUCAGACUAGAUAUAUGUGUGAAGGAUGGUUCUGAACGGACAUGGUCACAUGAGCAGCUGUUCACCUUUGGUUGGAGAGAAGACAUCCGUCCAGGCGAACCUCUUCACACCCGAAAAUUCUGCUUCGAUGCAAUUUCCCACAGUAGUCCUGUCACACUUUAUGACUGUCAUGGUAUGAAAGGCAACCAGCAUUGGAGCUAUAGGAAGCUCUGUGAUGUCUUCUCCAGCAAGAGAUCUUAGUGAAUGACAGUGGAUGGACAUGAACUGUGAAAUUAUAAUGCUCCAUACUCACUUUUCCAUUUCUCACUUUUUAACAUCCAUCUUCUUCAAAUUAUUAAAACUACAAACCUAUUCACACUUACAAAACUUGGUGGGAUGAAACUCAUGACUGGAAUGUACUGAUAGAAGGAUAUAAAUUGUUCCAAAGAAAGAGAUCUAACAAAACAAAAAGUGGAAUUGCAUUAUAUGUAAGACAUCAUUACAUCUCUACAGAAAUGCACAAAACCAAGGAUGAAAGUCUCCUAGAAUGCACAUGGGCUAAUAUAAAAGGAAAAAAAGAAUGACAUUGCCAUAGGUGUAUACUACAUAGGCCACCCAAGCAGAAGAAAUAGAUGAAAUUUUUGCUAAUCGGUUAACAUAUGUAUGUAAGAAACACACCACAGUAACUUUAACUACCCUGACAACAACUGGAAGAUAAACUCAAUGUCAACUGGGAGAUCGAACAGGUUCCUGAUCAAUCUACCUGACAAUUUGUCAUCCAAAAGGUAGAGGAGGGAACUAGAGGGCCAGCUAUCCUGGACCUAAUUCAUACUUACAAAGAAAAUGUGACAGAGGGGAUUGAAUUUGCAGGAAAUUGGGGAGAGUGAUCAUGUUAUAUUAGAAUUGAACCUAAUGCAGACACAAGGAGUAGAACUUAAUUAAACUAGUGUCUUAAAAUUUAAAAGAGCUGUUUUCAACAAAGUUAGAGAGAGCUUGGGAAGAAGCUUAAAUAUUAAUCUUAAAAGGGGAAAACAACUCAAGAAGCUUGGGAAAUUCUGAAAAAUAUGAUUAUAAAAGCUUAGUUCAGCACAAUACCAGUAAAAAAGAAAAAUAAGAAAUCCAAGAAGAAAUCAGCAAGGUUGCACAACGAACUCUCUGAUGAACUGAAAGACGAAAAGGAUAAGUAUAAAAAAUUGGAAGAGGAAUACAUAACUAAGGCAGAAUUCCAGCACACAGCCCGAAUCUGCAAAGAUGAAGUCAGGAAAGCUAAGGUUCGGAAUGAACUAAGACAUGCAACAAAUCUCAAAAAUAAUUUUUAAAAAGUUUCUUUCAACAUAUAAAAAAUAAAAAAGUCAAAGAAGCAAUCAAUCCACUAAUGGGAGAAGAGGACAAGGAAGUGAUAGGCAGCAGGGAGAAAGCAGAAAUGCUUACUUCUUUCUUUGCAUCUGCCUUCACACAAAAAGAAAAAAUAGCCCAACCUACCAAAAACAGAAUAGACCAGAAUUCAAAUUAAAAUAGGCAAGAAAAUGGUAGGAGAACAUCUGUCAAGAUGAGUUCAAAUGACCAGGACUUGAUGGGAUUACCUCACAGAGUUCUGGUGGAACUGGCAGAUAUGAUCUUGGAACCAUUGAACCAUAUCUUUCAAUGAUCCUGGAGCCCUGGGGAACUACCAGAGGACUGGAAAAGACCUGAUCAAUAACUGGAAAAAUCCUGGAAAAGAUAAUUGAGCAACAGAUCUGCCAAUACCUAGAAUCAAACAAAGUUAUAACAGAAGCCACAUACCAAAGAUCAUGUCAAACCAAUGUUAUUUCAUUCUUUGACAAAAUGACUAAAUUAUUGGAUCAGUGCAAUGCUGUGGACAUAGUAUACUUAGAUUUCAGUAAAGCAUUUAAUAAACUAGAUCACAAAUUAUUUCUUGGCAAGCUAGAAAAAUGUGGGAUAGACAGCACCGCCACCAGAUGGAUUUAUAUCUGGCUGAAAAAUAGUACUCAACAUGCAGAAGAGCACACGCACGACCCCGUUGCGAACCAGUAGUAAAGGUAAGUAGAACCCACCCCUGUCCUCAAUGGAACUACAUCCAUAUGGAGGAAAGUAAGCAGGGGCUACGCCAAGGUUCCAUUUUAGGUACAUUAAUUUUCAAUAUCUUCAUAAACAAUAUAGACGAGGGAACAGAAAGGGAAGUCAUUGAAUUUGCAAGUGACACUAAACUGGCAGGAAUAGCCAACACCCCAGAAAACAAGCUCAAGAUCCAAAAAUAUCUUGAGAAACUUGAACACUGGGCCCUAUCUAGCAAAAUGAAAUUCAAGGUAGAGAAAAGUAAAGUUUUUCACUUAGGCAAGAAAAAUGAAAUGUACAGGUACAGAUUAGAUGAAACAUGGUUCAAUAGCAGUAACUGCAAGAGGGAUCUUGGUGUCCUAGUGGACCAUUGCUUAAAUAUGAGCCAGCAGUGUGCUGCAACCACCAAAAAGCCACU